AUGCACAUCAGCCCUAAAAUGUAUCCUGACCUUGUUGUAGCCACCAUCUCAAUGGUGCCCGGGACAGUCAGGUCGUUAGAGGCUACAAGAAAGCGCAGGCUGGCUGCAGGUGUGUGCGGGGGCUCCUCUCUGCAGCCGGGUGCGCGCGACGUGGGUGCUGAUGGUGCCUCUCUGUCGCAGCAAUGCUGCGACUGCUGCAACCUGGGCCUGCGGCUGCGGAGCGAGGGGAAAGGCUGCGAGUCCAACAUCAACCUGGGCUACCCCUGCAGCCACGUGAUGCUCUCCUGCUGCGAAGGGGGGGAUCACUUUAUUCAUCCGGAAAUAAAAAAGCAUCCGGAGCCUCUGCCGACGGUGACACCGGAGAAGGUUUCAGAGACUGACGAUCACAACGAAGCCUUGUCCAUCAGUAACGAAGCUGAAUUGUCAAAUAACUUGCCUGGAGAUGACCUGGAUGAAUGUCUUAUCUAUGGCGGGGAGCUCUGCCAGCAUUUGUGUAUAAACACUGUGGGAUCUUACAAGUGUUCGUGUUUCCCAGAGUUCACUUUGCAAGAGGACGGGACCAGCUGUUCUCCAGAUCCCGGCAGAAGACAAGUGACGAGAUUGGACGCAGAAGCCACUGUCCCUCCAGCUGCCUCCCCGGCUCAGCCUGCGCUCGUUGUGUCCUUACAGGAGGAGCAGGACAAGUGUAAAGAUAAUGGCCCCUGCAAGCACAUCUGCAGUGUUGUGGAAGGAAAUGUUGUUUGCUCUUGUUUGCCUGGAUAUACUAUCAUGGCUGAUGGGACUUCUUGUGAAGACAUUAACGAAUGCGUGACGGAUGCGCACACGUGCCAGCGGCGAGAGCACUGCCUCAACACCAUGGGCUCCUUUAAGUGCCUGCAGGAACUGAGCUGCCAGCCAGGAUAUGAACUUAAGGAUGGGGAAUGUGUUGGGAUCUAA